AUGACACGACCAGGGCACGUCUACCUCCUGAGGGUGCAUAGCACCCCCCUUCUCUUCCUCUUUCUGGGGCUGCUGAUAGCUUUGCCAUCUGGGACCCAGGGGCUGCCUAGGGUUGGCCUCUCACCUUCAGCUGCUCGGACUGCCCAGCAGCAUCCCCAGAAGCAUGUCAACUCAGGCACUCUCAAACCUGCUGCUCACCUUGUUGGAGACCCCAGCACCCAGACCUUGCUGCGUUGGAGAGCAAACACAGAUCAUGCCUUUCUCCGCCAUGGCUUCUCUUUGAGCAACAAUUCCCUCCUGGUCCCCACCAGUGGCCUCUACUUUGUCUACUCCCAGGUGGUCUUCUCUGGAGAAGGCUGCUCCCCUAAGGCCACCCCCACUCCUCUCUACCUGGCCCAUGAGGUUCAGCUCUUCUCCUCCCAGUACCCAUCCCAUGUGCCUCUCCUCAGUGCCCAGAAGUCUGUGUGCCCAGGACCACAGGGACCUUGGGUACGCUCAGUUUACCAGGGGGCUGUGUUCCUGCUCACCCAGGGAGACCAGCUAUCCACUCACACAGCUGGCAUCUCCCACUUACUCCUCAGCCCCAGUAGUGUCUUCUUUGGAGCCUUUGCUCUGUAG